UCGCGUUAACUUUAAUAAUAACAAGAUGGCGUCGUUGAUGCUAAGAGCGUGUGGUCGACAGUCAAUGGCUGCUGCAGCCUUGAACAACAAUGUCUUCAUGGUGAAGUCUGCUGGGCCGAUGAGCACAAUUCAGGCUUACCAGCAGAUGGAAGACUUCUGGAAGAAGAACAGACAGCUUAACAGACCUCUCUCACCCCAUCUGUCCAUAUACAAGCCCCAGUUGACCUCCAUGCUGUCACUGUGUCACAGAGUCACCGGUAUUGGGAUGGCUGUCUCUGUGUCAGCAGGGUCCAUCUUUAUGUUCCUGGCCCCUCACAAUUUCGAGCACUACUUGAACGUGAUACAGGGCCUGGAGAUGGCGCCUGCAAUCAUCAUCGCACUCAAAUAUGUCCUGGCUUUCCCGGUUAGCUACCAUUAUGUUAAUGGUAUCAGACAUUUGGCGUGGGACUGGUCAUGGGGCUUCGGGCUUGAACGACUGUACAAGACUGGAUACUUUGCACUUACCCUGGCUCUCAUUGUGGCGUCCACACUUGUGUUCGGGCUCUAAGCCACAAACUCUGAUUGUCUGAUUCUGAAGUUUUUUAAUACUGUAGAUACUAUAUGUGUGAAACUUACGCAUUGAUACAAGAAAAUUUUGUAACAUGUAAAAUGCAUUAAGGUUUUAAAACAGGAAAUGGUAAAAAAAAUAACUAAAAAUAUUUGUAAUCUUUAUUCUUAUUUUGGUGCAUUUCACUGCAAUUCUUUUUUUAGUACGCAAUUUUAACUAUUUCUUUUACAUGUUGUUUUAUAACUAGACUGACAGAUGUUCUAUUGUUGACUGAUUAUUGUUUCCAAAAACAGUUUGAAAAAAAUAAUGUAUUGAUUGUGGUAUACAACAGAUUGCCAUACUGAAGAAGACAUAUUUGUCGCAGGUUUUGUUAGCGAGAGCAUCUUUAAAAAGGAACUUGUUAUUAUCCAUUGUGAUGUUAUUGAAUAUUUCAUGAUGUUGUUCAAGACUCUACAGCUGUUAUUGAAUAACAUUGCAGUUUUGUUGUAAUCUUGAUUUUGAAAUACCUUCAUACAUAUUUUAAAAACAUGUGAGGUAUGUGCUGAAUUAAAGUGCUAAAUUUAUGUUUGAAAUUCAAUAUUUUAGACCCCGGUAAAAACAAAUCUGAUAGGGUAACUCUGUCCUUUUUGGAAGUACUCUACUGACCUCAUGGAUACCAGUGUGUGCACCCUUAUGCCUUUAUAGAAAUAAAUGCCUAAGAGGAUCUAAUAUUUCUUAUGUUUUUAUUAAAACUUAAAAUAAGAUUUAUAAUCCAUACAAAAUUGAAAUAUUUUACAGUUAAAACUAUUUUUUCUACAAUUAAACCCAAUUCUUUACAAAUAAAGCCCGACACAAGGUGCACUUUUCACCCUUAGAAUCCUGUCUUGGCUUAAACCCUAACAUAUUUUAAUGAUAACUGGAUAAAUGUUUUGUUCUUAGCACAUAGAAUUUUCAAUUAAUAUCCAGAAAAAAAAUCAAUAACAGACUUAAUGAGUUCAUACUCUUUCAAAAAAAUGUUUGUUUAUAUAAGAGUUCAAUGACUGUAAAAUCUGUGUCAUCAAAUCAUGGUUUGAUUAAGAAAACCUGAGGGUGUAUGACAGUAUCAUAGAAACCCUGGUAUGUGUGCGGUCACAUUAAAAAGAUAAUGUCAUCAAUUCCAAUACAAAUGACUUUCAUGCCCUUGGAGAAGACAUGACCUUAAACUUAGUGGCAUUGACCCUACCAUGCUUUUAUCCUCGAUACGACAGAAAUGUAAUAUUUGUACUAGUUCACUGGCACUUUUAAAGGUAAAAUAUAAAAAGCAAAGUUCACAAAAAAAAAUAGGAGUGUUAUUUUGUAACCAAAAGUCUUCUAACAUAUUAUAAACAUCAGGUUCCUCUUUAAAAGUGGUUUUAUUUUAUAUAAAUCGUGUGCAAUAACAGGUAAGUCACAUUUGCUUCUUAACUAAAAUAUGAACUAUCAUGUGCCAUAACUGAACUUAUAAAUUGUACGUGUACCUAAUCAUGUUGUUAAUAAAAGAUGCAAAACAAUAAAAACUUUGAAUACUU